AUGAAUUUUGAAUUGUUACCAAACGAAAUUUUACUGGAUGUUUUUCAUUAUUUCAAUGGUAUUGAUCUUCUUCGAGCAUUUUAUGGCCUUAAUACUAGAUUCAAUAUUCUUCUUUAUAAUCAAUUUCAAAAUUAUUGUUUCAAAUUCGAUGCUGUGUCAAAGCGUGAUUUCGAUAUGAUGUGUCAACAACAUUUGCCAUUCAUUGCUCAUCGAAUUAUUUCUCUUUAUCUUUCCGACAAUGAUGAAACUCCAGAACAAAUUAAUCUCUUUCUUUCUUAUACAUCAUCAUUCAAUCAAUUUACUCAAUUACGAUCACUUUCAGUCAAAGACUUUCGAUCAUAUGAAACAUUAAUAAAAAUUAUAGAUGAAUGUCAUCAUCUUUCUAAUCUGACUCAUUUAUCAGUCGACUCACGCGUUUUCCGAAACCAUCAAGCAAAUUUUCAGUUAUUUAUCAACAAUAUUUGGAAUUUACCUAAACUUAUUUAUUUCAAUGUCGCUACUACUUUUACGAGAUCAAAAAUAUUUCGAAAACCAAAAACCAUUUCCUCAUCGCUUCAAAGCGUAUCAAUACGUAUCUAUCACUUUCAAUUAAAUGAGAUAAAUCGAUUAUUUAAAUGUACACCCCAUCUUAGCCGUCUCUAUGUUGAUCUUGACUGUUUUAUCGAUGAUGACUAUACACCAUCUACUUUUUCAACAUUAACUGAUUUGAGUUUACGUGUAUAUAAUGUUUCUAAUAUUGCAAUAAUGAAAUUUCUCCAAAAUACACCUAAUUUAUGUCGUUUGAAUAUCAAUUUAGAAGCAAGAUUAAUAGAUGGACAUCAAUGGAAACAAAUCAUUUGUAACUAUUUACCUAAACUUAAAGUAUUUAGACUUAAGAUGAAAGAGAGCCCAAUUUACAAACAAAAUAUAGAAGAACGUACCGAUGAAUUAAUUAAUUCAUUUCGAAAUUCAUUUUGGAUCAAUGAACAUCAAUGGCUUGUUCGAUGUUUUAUACAAAAAGGAACUAUUUAUCUUCAUACUUUAUCUGAAAUAUUUUCAUACUCUAAGAAUAGAUUUCCUCACUCAUUGAAAUCGAAUGAUCUACAUUAUGAUCAUCAAGAAUUUUAUAAUAAAAUAACUACCAUCUAUGAUGAGAGAUUGUUUCGUCAACCGGUACCAUCGCAUAUUCGUUUGGCUAAUAUUAAAGAGCUUCAUAUAGAACUUCCAAUCAAUGAUCAGUUUUGGUCAAUUGUUCCAAAUUUGAAUCAACUGAACUCACUCAGAGUAUUAUCUUUUGCUGAUAAUUUUCAGUCUCAAAUGCAAGCUUUACUUGAUCGUGCACCUAACCUUGAUUCUUUAGGUAUUUGUCAAAAUGCAUUAUUACCUUUACAAAUAUCAUUAUUUCAAUAUACAAAUGCGUCAAUUCGUCGACUUUAUUUACGAGACUGUAAUUAUUUUAAUGAAGACGAAUGCAUUAGAUUGUGUCAUUCACCAUUAGGUAUUCAAUGUGAAGUUGUUUUUAUUCGAGUUAACAAUCGUGAAUGUAUAACUUAUCUUGUCAAAAAUAUGAAAAAUCUUCGAUCAUUAGGAAUUCAAUGUGAAGAUGAAAAGAAUCAUAAACAAUUAUCACUAGAUGAGAACGAUAAUGAUAAAUAUGUUGAUGAAAAAAUGGAAAAUGAAGAUGAAGUUGUCAAAUGGUUAAAAGAUCAUUUACCAUCAACGUGUUUAGUUUUUAGAGUUCCACAUUACUUUAGAGAUAUUUUAAUAUGGAUUUGA